GGAGUUCCGAAUGUCACGAAGCACUUUGCUCCCUAUCUCAAAAUUUUGGAUGGGAUGACUGCAGCACAGAACCAUGAGUCGCAACUCUGGGGAACGAGAGCCACUUCUGGGGGACCAGUCCAGAAGGAGAACCAACUCGAACUAUUCUGGGGAGCGCAGUCAGAGUAUCAGUGUACCGGAGACAUCUCAGGAGGAGGCAGGGGACAGCAUGGGGUUUACUGUGUUAGUCAAGAGGACAGCUAAAAAGCAGCUCAAUGAAUGCUGCAGCAAGGAUAACCUGAAAACCAAACUUCCUAUCACAAAGUGGCUUCCACAAUACAGUCUACGUCAUUUACAAUGUGAUGUGAUUGCUGGCUUGACGGUAGGACUAACAGUUAUUCCUCAGGGAUUGGCCUACGCUAAAAUUGCAAAUCUUCAACCUCAGUAUGGUUUGUACUCAGCUUUCAUGGGCUGCUUUGUUUACUGUUUCUUUGGGACUGCCAAGGACAUCACUCUGGGACCUACAGCCAUCAUGUCUCUAAUGACGGCCACCUUCGCUACUUCACCGAUUGAAGAAGACGCCACUUACGCCAUUGUCCUCUGUCUCAUCACAGGCUGUGUCCAGCUUCUGUUAGGGCUCUUUAAUCUAGGUAUACUAGUUAACUUCAUUUCAUACCCAGUGAUCAAUGCAUUCACUUCUGCAGCAGCUAUUACUAUUGGUUUUGGUCAAGUUAAGGGAAUUUUAGGUUUAAACCAUAUUCCAAGAGAUUUUCCAGAGAUGGUUUAUGAGACCUGCAAAAAGAUUCCCGAGACCAAUGUCUGGGACAUGACCAUGGGGUUGGUUUCCCUUGUUUUGCUUUAUUUACUCAAGAGAAUGCGAAACAUUGACUGGAAGGAUGAUCCAGAUGGUCCCGGACCAAAUCGGUGUGUCGCCAUCUGUCGCUACAUUAUAUGGAUCAUUGGCACUGCAUCCAAUGCCAUUGUUGUGAUCUCAGCCUCUGGUGUGGCAGCCAUUUUGAUCAGUCAGGGGAAGAACAACACUCUGUCUAUCACCGGCAAAAUAAAGGGAGGAUUACCGGACUUCAAGCCACCAGAUUUCUCCUACAGCCAAGAUAACAUCACUUUCUCAACUAGUGAUAUAUUCUCAGAUAUUGGUGCUGGGUUUGGAAUAGUUCCAUUACUUGGAUUGGUAGAACUUAUAGCCAUAGGAAAAGCAUUUGCAAGACAGAAUAAUUACAAAAUAUUUCCAAGUCAGGAACUCAUUGCAAUAGGUUUAGCCAAUAUUAUAAGCUCUUUUGUUGGGUCUUACCCUGUCACUGGCAGCUUCUCAAGAACAGCUGUCAAUUCUCAAAGUGGGGUAAAAACUCCAGCAUCAGGGAUAUUCACAGGUGUCUUGAUUGUACUGGCCCUGUACACUUUAACUCCACUGUUUUACUACAUUCCUAAGUCUGCCUUGUCAGCUGUGAUAAUCUUUUCUGUGAUACAAAUGGUGGACGUGAGUGUUGUGAAGAAGCUCUGGAAAGUCAACAAAAUUGACUUAAUUCCAUUAUUUAUUACAUUUUUAUCCUGCCUGGGUGUAGGAAUGGAGUAUGGUAUAUUGAUUGGUAUAGGAGUAUCUUUAAUCAUUCUUCUAUAUCCAUCUGCAAGGCCUAAAAUAAGGGUAGAAUAUGGUGAUGUUAGAGUAAUGAAGAUAGAUCAGGGCAUACUGUUCCCUUCUGUGGAAUAUUUACAGGAGCGCCUUAUUGAAGAAAAUGAAGAGGGAAAGAAAAACCAUUCCUUAGUAUUGGACUGUAGUAGUGUAUCUGCUCUGGAUUAUACCUCAAUACAGGGCAUCACAGAGUUAAUCAUAGAUUUCAAGAGGAGAGAUGCCAAACUUGUGUUUGCAGGAUUCUCUAAAAAUGUACUAGAACACAUACGAAGAGCAAAUAUCCCUGAAUUGCUUGUGAGUUCAACAGUUCAGGAGGGAUGCAAGCUCAUACAAGAACAAUUAACUCCAGAAUUUCCAGCAGUACAACAUACUAAAGUAGAAUUCAGUUCUCAUCUAUGAUAUAUAGUUCUUUCAUUCUCAUCUUUACCUCUUACAUUAUAUUAUUACAAUUAUAAUACAUGUACUGUGUAAAUUUUCAAGAAGUAAAAUGUUUUGAUGCACCAACUUUGGAGCUUGUAUACUUUAAACAUUAAACUUGACAGUUUUUAGUCAUCAUUAUAACAAAAAUGUGCCAAUGCCAUGUUUAUUUUUAUAUUUGUGUCAUAUAAAACUUUUUUGAUCUACAAGGUGCAUAUAUAUUGUAUUGGAGUACUUAAACAACUCUUUUUAAAAUUCAGAUUAAUCAUAUUGAUGUUAUAUUUUUUAAUCAAUGUAUAUUCAGCAAGUCUGAAACAUUUUCAGUCAAUACAUUAAAUUGUUGUGAAGACUGACAUCAUGAAUGUUGUUUACUCCCAGUAUUGUUCCAGUGCAUCUAACCAGUGCUGGCUGUUUACAGUCUGAUGUAUUGAUUCCUCACCAGAGCCAUUAAGCACUUAAAUUUAUUGUGUGCCUGUGUAAAUUGAUUUGUUUGUAUUUAAACCAUUCACUCAAACUUCAUAUUUACAAACAAUAAUCUACAAUGCUGAUUUAUUUUACCUGGUACUGAACAAAACCAUAAUGGGAACAUUCCAAAUUCUUGUUAUUGACGUAUAGAAAUAUUACUUAAAGAUGCUGUGCAUCCGAUUCUCAGGGGAAGUAACUGUAUAUGAAUUGUUUUCAAAGAAAUGUUUGUUGCCAUAUUUUUCUUCAAAAUGUAUAAUAAACUCUAUUAUGCCAAAGAAAUAAGAAUUAUUUGGGCUAUAUGAGACUCUGUUUAAUGAUUUAUAUGAGUGACAUUUAGUCUUGCCUUUUUUUAUUUGACCAACAUAACAUUUAAUGUUCAAGUGCAAAUCUGGGCUUAAUGAACUGUAUGGUAUAUGUGCAAUAUAAAAAGUAAAAUAAUGUGCGUACAAUGUACAUUUUUAUAUAUACUUAGUUUAAGUUUUAAUUUAAUGAAAAAAACAUAUUUGAUGAAUGUAAUCAGUCAUAUUCAUAUAUUCUUAUGUAAUAAUGAAAUAUUUUGUCUAGCAUGGGGUUGUAAUCAUUUCAGUAUUUAUGGUAUGGAAGGUGUACAUGUAUAC